CUCCAAUCCCUGUGGAAGGUGCCCUUGAGGCCCUUCUGUAGAACUUGCGACCAGGGGCUUUUCCGAGGCGUCUCUCCUGCAGGUGCCCUCGAGACCACACUGCGGCAUGGCGGGGAGACGCUCCGGCCUGGGCAGACUUCUCAGGAAGAAGAACGAAGGCCCCGGGCCUGCCCCAGCACGCCAACCUGAGGAGAUGCAAAACUUCCAGCCCCUGCAGCAGGAUCCAGGCCAGCACCGGACAGAAGAGCACGUCCGUUCCCGUGGCCGACUCCGCAGAGCAGUUCAGAGGUUUCUGAAUUUCAUCGGGAUUCGGCGGAGAACACCCAGGACCACACCAUCUGAGGGUGUGGCACAGCCUGACACCAGGCCAAACGACCUCAAGGAGAAGUCUGAUGUCAGCUCCGUGCCAACUGAUCCCACGGCAACCUCUGACACUGCUUUGACCCAUGACCUGACAAGCCCUGCCACCGCACUGACCCAUCUCACGGCAACGGCUGACAUCGCACCGAUUGAUCGUGCAGCAAACCCUGACGCCGCUUUGGCUGAUGAGACAACCACCUCUGGCACAGCACCGACUGAUCUCAUGGCAAAGGCUGACAUCGCACCGAUGCCCAUGGAUGGCACAUCAAACCCUGACAUGGCACCAAUGGACGACACGGAAAUCUCAGGCCCUGCGAUGACUGAUGAUGUAACAAACGCUGAAAUGACACCGACUGAUCUCAUGGAAAAGUCCGACACCACAACGACUGAGAGCAUCGGGAACGCUGACACCACGCCCACACAAACUGUGACUGAUGCUCCCAAUUUGGACUUUUUCAAGGAAAAAGGUGUCUCCAGUCAGAAGCAAGUGCCAGCCAUCGUGAGGUACAUCCACCAGUGCCUCACCUUCCAGGUGUCUCCAGAUGUCAGCCUCCACACCAACAUUCUCAGACUGGCAGGUGCACACCCCUGUGACGUGGUGAUGUCUCUCCUGAGCUGUGCCCCAGCGUGUGACAGGUAA